AUGGCCGCCAUAGCCUACUCGCUCCAGCCCGUCUCUACAGCGCCCCUGAUCCGCGGUCGGUUCGCUCACCGCGGAGACCGUUCGGCCACGAGGCAGUUGCCUGAUGCCGCUCGUCGCCAGCUCGAGGGCGAUGGUCCAGAUGCGCCGCCCGCCUCGUCCCGCACCAGGAACGGCGCCCUCAAGACCAAGUGGAAGUCGUUUGUCCACUUCUUUGCACUCCCCAUCCGCCAGUAUUACCAGCAACCGCCGGGCCUAUCCUACCGCCAGCGGCAGGUGCGCAACGACCCGAACAGGCGCGGCUCCCUCAUCCUCGACUCGGACGACUACGACAGCAUCAGCGUAUGGGCCUGUCCCACGUACAACUGUGAGGUCGGAGACGACGAGAUGGUCCUCUUCAAGGCGGCCGAGGCGAGGCAGGAGGCCCGCGACGCACUCGCCGCCACCCUCCAGAUCCAGCCCUCGGUCACGUCGCUCUCGACCCGUGCGACGCCUCACCGUCCGGCGCAGCAGGACAACUCGAGCUCUGGUCUUGUUGGGGCGUUCGAGCAGCAUGAGACCGCUGACGCCCCUGCACCGGCUCCUCCGACGGCCGCAGACGAGGGACCACAGGAGGCCGAGGCGCCUUUGCCCGCAGCGCACGAGGAGGCCGCGCCCGACUACGAGCUCCUGGCAUCGCCGCCAGCGGGCACAGCCCAUCUCCCAGAAGACGCACCGCCGGCACCCUGCGCAGCCUCGAUCUUCCCCGUCAUGGAAGACGCCAACGCCUCGGACCUCUCGCUUGCCUCGACUUCAUCGCGCCCUCGCGCCUUCCACCGCUCACUCUCCGGCUUCAGCGCCAUGAUGGACGGCGAAAGGCCGCGGCUGCGCUCGACGAUGAGACCCUCGUUCCUGCGCCGCCAAACGCAGACCGGCAGCCUCACGGCCGACGCCACGCACACCGCCGGCGAUGGCGCGGCAUCCGAGCCAUUCAACACGAUGUUGCUCCGCGGACAGUUCUCGCCGCCCAAGCGCGGCCUCACUGCACAGCAGAUGACCUUCUUGAGCUCGGUCGAGUCGCUGGGUCGGUACGGCCUCUCGACGCCCCUCGAGGGCUCGCCGCAGCUCGGCCCGCCAACGCCGACAGGUGCUGCCACCCCUCGCACCGCGCCGCGCUCGUCGCGGCCUCGCACCGCUCCUCAGGUCGAUUACUUUGGCCCCCAGGUUACCUCGAGCCUCACCCGAUAG